UGUAUUGUAUAGUAUACUCUUUCAAUUAUAGAUUUGGUUAGGAUAUGAAGACAAAGUAAACCAUGAUUUUAAUUUAUUAUUAUCAACUCACAGAAAGGGAGACUAGCCCUGGGAUUGAAGGCUUAAAUUUGUGCAAUUUUGAAAGGCCUAUGGCUCCAGAAAAUGAAAUUCAGAGUUUCAGGGUCUUUGUAGGAACGUGGAAUGUGGGAGGAAAAUCUCCAAGCUAUGACCUCAACCUUCAAGAUUUCUUGCUGGUAGAGGGUUCUGCAGAUAUAUAUGUCUUAGGAUUUCAGGAAAUUGUUCCACUGAGUGCUGGAAAUGUUCUAGUAAUUGAAGACAAUGAACCUGCUGCAAAGUGGCUAGCAUUGAUAAGUCAAGCACUAAACACACCAAAAAGUGAUCUCAGCGAUUCAUCUGAUUCAGGAGCUGGAUCCAAAACAAAGGAAUCAAAGUCACCAGCAAGUCUACAUUUCUUUCAGAAGCCAUCUCUUAAAGCUGUCCGUAGAAGUUUCAGGGCAGAAGGUAGCAGCCUCCUUAAGGCUUGCAAUUGCCCUGUGGAAUCUCCAUCUAGAGAGCGACGUAGGGUUAGAAAAUUUAGUGAUCCUAUGAAUAAGUUAGAUUCUGAGAUUCACGGUGAAAGUAGCAUGGAAGAAUUGCUUUCAAUUGCAGAAAUACCAGCUUCUCCUGGUCAAUCUAAAUACUCUCUCGUAUCAAGUAAACAAAUGGUUGGAAUUUUUCUCACCAUAUGGACUAAGAAAGAGUUAGUACCUCAUAUUGGCCAUCUUAGAGUAGACUCUGUUGGGAGAGGAAUCAUGGGUUGCUUAGGUAACAAGGGGUGUAUAUCAAUGAGUAUGACGUUACAUCAAACGAGCUUUUGUUUCGUAUGUAGUCACUUGGCUUCUGGUGAGAAAGAAGGCGAUGAGGUGAGGAGGAAUUCUGAUGUAGCUGAGAUUCUUAAAGGCAUACAAUUCCCUAGGAUUUGUAAGAAUCCAUACCGUCGAGCACCAGAAAAGAUAGUGGAUCAUGAUCGAAUAAUAUGGCUAGGAGAUUUGAAUUAUAGAGUGGCUCUGAGUUAUGAAGAAACAAGGGUUCUGUUGGAGGAUAAUGACUGGGACACUUUGUUAGAGAAAGAUCAAUUGAACAUAGAAAGAGAUGCAGGACGAGUUUUCAGUGGCUUCAAAGAGGGAAAAAUAGUGUUCGCGCCAACUUACAAGUACUCACAUAAUUCAGACUCUUAUGCUGGUGAAACUGUUAAAUCAAAGAAGAAACGCCGAACACCCGCAUGGUGUGAUAGGAUACUAUGGCGUGGUAGACGCAUUGAACAAUUAUCAUACAUCCGCGGAGAAUCAAGAUUUUCUGACCACAGACCUGUUUGUGCUGUCUUUUCUGUGGGUGUCGAAGUAAGAAGCAGAAACAAUAGGUUCAGAAAAGGAUAUUCCUACACAAGUCCGAGAGUUGAAUAUGAAGAUUUCAUACCUCAAAGGCAUAGUUUCUACGAUUAUUAAUUCAAACCUCAAAAAUCAAACUUGUAUAUUUUUCCCUUAGUGUCUAUAUAGAAGAAAUGAUUUGUCACCUCGCCUUUAUUUCCUUUCUAUUUUUAUCCCACACUCAAAUUAACAAUAUAGUAAUGGGUAAGCAAUGAGGGUAAUAUUCUUUGUCAUGACA